UUUCUUCAUUCAAAUCACCCCCACCCCCCCUCCCUUCUGAUUUCUAAAAUCCGUUUGCUAACUCGCGGCCAUGGUUUCACAUCCAGCCCCUCACGCCGCCCCAUCCUCUCUCUAAAACCAUACACACGCAUUCAUAUCUCCAUCCUGUAUAUCCUGAUUCCGAAUUUUUGUUUUUUCUUGCACGCGAAGUCUCUAAAUUAUUAGCGGUUGAUUGUUUUCCACGCGUUCUUCUUCCCCAGAUUGCUGCUGAAAUCUUAUGAAGGUUGCUCUAUGCCAUAUGUUAGAGGGAAUAUAAAGUUGGAUCAUUGCUUAGCUUUAUAUUCCCUUGCAAUUUUCACAGCUUUUCAUACUUCGUACUUUUGAGAUUAUUGUAAUGAUUCCUCAGACAUUGGUUGGUGAAAAUGUCUGUGAUUGUAACAGAAAAUCAUCAUCAACAGUUAUAAAGUUGUCACCCUCUACCAUAUCAUCUGAACCAUUUUCUGGGAGAGAUGACAAGCUGUCAAAGACAGGUUCAGUUAAUGCAUCAGGAACUGAUGUGCUUUGUACUGCUUUUGACUAUGUAAAUAUAGCACAACUGUCUGAACAUAAGUAUGGGAAAAGAAGAGGUUCCCCUAAAUCUGAUGAUGCAAUGGAGAGAAAGUGUUCUGAAAUCGUAUGCAUGACUCCAUGCGAGUGUGGGCAGAAAAGUUUACCGCUGCAUAAUGAACUUAAACAACCUGCAAGAAAUACCCGGAGGGAAGCAGCUAAAAGAGUAGCAUUUGAUAUGGACAAUUUGAGUAUCAUGCGUCGGAGAAGAACCACAUGUAGAAAGCAAACACGAGCAUCUGUUUGGGGAUCUUUGAGAGAUGCGGUACAAGCUUUUGGUGGGGUUGAGACACUUAAAAGUGAUAAAAGGAAGUCAAGAAGAGCAAAGCGUUGCCAGAAAAGUGAAAAGAAAGGCAAGAAUCAGGCUGUGCAAAGCUUGCAAAAAUCAAUGACAAAGACUCGCAUCUGUUUAAAAAUAAAAUUUGGGCAACGAUCUCUCAUGGAUAUUCUUCCACUUGUUGAAAAUGGUGAGGAAACUUAUUCUUCUAUUUGUUAUGAACCAACAAAAGGUUCAGAAAAUAUUGGUGAUCUGUUUGUGGACAAGUUGAACAGAAGUUCACGGUUAAAUGGGCUCAAUGAAAGUUCAGAUAGUUCUUUUAUGUUUUAUGAUGCUUCUGUUACAAAUGCAUGUCUUGCUAGCAAGAGCAUUGUUGAAAGUCCAACUGAGAAAUAUUUGGCGAGUCGUCAUGAGUCACCUUCCCAAGCUGAGGCAGUCAAACCAGAAACACCCAUUGAUGACAUGUGCUCAAAUCCUGGAACUUCUCCUGAUUCCGAAGUUAUCAAUCUCAUGACUGAUGCUCAUAUCAGUUUAAAUGGUCUAGGUAACUUACGUGUUAAAAUGUCAACCCAACCAAGUGUUGCUGGUAGAGAUGUUGAAAGUAUUUGUAUGCUGGAGAACUGUCAUACAAAGGAAAAGAAAAACGACAAGUUUAUCAAAACAGUUGAUUGCAGUGUAAAAGCUACCAUCCAUAGUUCAGAAAUUAUGAGCACUGAGCAAACAUUGGUACAACCCGCACAAGGAGAUAUCAAGGGCGAUGACUCUUAUCAUGACCAGAAAGACACGUCUAUUGUCACCACAGCUGAAAAUGCACGUCGCAGUGUGUCUAGCAUUGAGCUGCAACCUUUGUCUAAAAUGGAUGACUUUCGAAUGUCUUCUGUUCCUGUGUUUGAAGAUAGCGGAGAGAGAAAUCAUUGUUGUAGUCUUGAUACUCGUUCACUGGUGUUACAGAUGCCUGAAAAACCACAUUCUUCUCUUGAGGGGCUCAAAAUUUUAGAAAUAGGAAGAUCCAAUGGAGUAAAGGAGAGCCAGUCAGAAGUCUUAAAGUCACCAAACACAGCAAAUUCAUCUAAAGAGAAGGCUAACAAGGGAAAACCAGCUCGCGAUUAUGGAGCAAUGAAGAAGAAUCAUGGUGUUCAGGGUCUUACUGAAUUGGGAAACGAUCCAAAAACAGAUGGCCAAACACCAUCUCAUUGUGGACAAAUUGCUUCUGGAAACAAAAUUCCUGGUUUUUUAUCAAAUCAAAUUGAAGAGUGUGCAGCACCGGUAACACCAAGAAGUGCAUGGGUUCAAUGUGAUGAUUGUCAGAAGUGGAGGCGCAUAACAGCUUUACUUGCAGAUCAAAUUGAAGAAACAAACUGCAAAUGGAUCUGUAAGGACAACAAUGAUAAAGACUUUGCUGAUUGUUCAAUUCGUCAAGAGAAGUCAAAUUCAGCAAUCAACGCUGAGCUUGAAAUAUCUGAUGUCUCCGAAAAUGAGGAUGCUUCUUGUUCUCUCAGUCGCAGUCAUCCGGGAAAGAAGUCUAAAGUUGAUCAGAGCCCCUGUUGGAAAUUGAUCAAGUCAAACUUGUUUCUGCACCGUAGUCGCAAAUCUCAGACCAUUGAUGAGGUCAUGGUUUGCCAAUGCAAGCCACCCUCAGAUGGUAGAAUGGGAUGUGAAGAUGGAUGUUUGAACCGAAUGCUUAAUAUUGAGUGUGUUCAAGGGACAUGCCCAUGUGGGGAACAAUGUUCAAAUCAACAGUUCCAGAAGCGGAAUUACACAAACUUGAAAUGGUUUAAAUGUGGCAAGAAGGGAUAUGGCUUACAAUUGCUUGAAGCUGUAUCAGAAGGACGUUUUCUAAUUGAAUAUGUUGGAGAGGUGCUUGAUAUGAAUGCUUAUGAGAAACGACAAAGUGAGUAUGCAUCCAAGGGUCAUAAACAUUUCUACUUCAUGACACUUUAUGGCGGUGAGGGUGGCGUCGAUGGUAGGGGUGGCGUCAAUGGUAGGGUGGCGGCGAUGGUGAGGUUGCGUCAAUGGGCUAUGACGAUGAUGGUGGGACUGGCGCAAUUAUGGUGGAGGGGGCUGGUGGAGAUGGUCGGAGAAUGGAUCGAUGGUGGAGCUGGCGGCAACGGUGGGGCUGGCGGCGAGGAGGGGAGGGGCUACGGUGGAGGCGGUGGUGGGGACUUGAUGGUGGCAGGGCUGAGAAAGGAAGGAGUGAGAGGUAAGGUGGAAGCUAAGAAGGUGGCGUAUUUGAGGUACAUGGGCUGCAAUGUUGAGGAGGAAAGAGCGGCGUUGCGAGUGGAGUACAAGAAUGCGCGUAAAGAAGCUAAGUUAGAGGUAACGAGGGCAAAGAAUGCCGCUUUUGAACGCCUUUACAAGGAUAUUGAGGAGAAAGGCAGUGUUAAUCCACUGUGCCGGCUUGCUAAGGUGCGCGAGAGGAAGGCCCGAGAUCUAGACCACGUGAGAUGCGUGAAGGACAGCGAUGGUAGAGUGUUAGUUGAGACUGCCAAGGUGGCUAAGCGCUGGGGGGAGUACUUUAGUGAACUCUUAAAUGCGGGAGGAGACCAGAGGCUAGUUCUUGAUGAGUUGGGACAUCCUGGGGCAUCUCGUGUGUAUUGCCGGCGCAUUCGCUUGGAAGAGGUGGUUCGGGCUCUCCGCGUGAUGCGUAAUGGGAGAGCUGUGGGACCAGAUGAGAUUCCAGUGGAGUUUUGGAAGCAUGCGGGUCGUGAUGCGUGGGUUUGGUUAACCAAACUCUUCAAUGUUAUCCUCCGGACAGCAUGGAUGCUUGAUGAGUGGAGGGAGAGUCUCUUGGUCCCUUUGUUUAAAGGAAAAGGUGACAUUCAGAGCUGCGAGAAUUACAGAGGCAUCAAACUGCUUAGCCACACCAUGAAGGUUUGGGAGCGAGUUAUCGAGUAUAGGGUGCGGAAAGAGGUUUGCAUCUCGGAGAACCAGUUUGGUUUCAUGCCUGGCAGAUCGACUACAGAGGCCAUUCAUCUUGUGAGGAGGUUAAUGGAAGAGUAUAGGGCUAGGAAGAAGGACCUUCAUAUGGUGUUUAUUGACCUUGAGAAGGCGUAUGAUAGGGUGCCAAGGGAGGUCUUAUGAAGGCGGAUGGGGAGUUAGAUGCGGAUGUUGGACAUCGGGUUGGAGUGGCUUGGGCCAAAUGGCGGUUAGCUUCAGGGGUGUUGUGUGAUCCGAAGAUUUCGCCUAGAAUGAAAGGUAAGUUCUAUCGAUCCGUAGUCAGACCUGCUAUGUUAUAUGGGGCAGAGUGUUGGGCGGUUAAGAAGACUCAUGUGCGUCGUCUGCAUGCGGCGGAGAUGCGGAUGUUACG